CUGUUUCUACCAAUUUAGAACAUUUUCGGGGGCCGAACCGAACACCAGCUCUUCUUUCUCUCUCUUCUGGAAGAAAAAACAAACAAAAACAAACAAAUCUAGGGUUUCAAAAUUUCAUUCGGUCCCUUCCUCUACCCUCCAUUUUUUUUUUGCUCUCUCCCACCCUCCUCAAACGCCAUUCCUGCGAUUUCCCUCCGCGGUUUCAAUCAAGAAAGGAGCGAGGGAUCGUUGAGGUCUGAUCGUUUGAAGGUCUGCAAAUCCGAAAUAUACGAAAUCAUCUGCAAUCCGAGUUUCUAUUCCACAUCCUUUGGUUUUGGAUUCUUUUGGUUCUUCCAAGGUAAUCAUUGGACCAGAAGAAGGGUGGGAGGGAGAGGGGAGGAGAAAAUAAUGGAGAGAAUGAUAGAUAGGUUGACUGUUUUAUUGCUUUGAAUUUUUCUUGAUAGGUAGGGUUUCAUUUUCCUUCUGAGCGGAGAGCUUCUUGUUGGGUUGGAGGAAGGGAAUACAUUAAAAGAUUCUGUUACUGUUAAGGAGGGAUCCAAAUUGAGUUUCCGGAGAAGGUCUUAUUUUUUUCUGGGUUACUUUGUUAGGUGAGCUGUUGGUGAUUGGAUUGGGUUGUUUUCAGUUGGAUGCUUGAAUGUUUAUGGAUACCGAAGUCCUGCCACAUUCUACAGAUUUUCUUAAAUGCUGUAACUGUGGCUGUAGUUGCACAUUGAUCAGCAGCACCUGGCACCGCUCGGUGAAAAGGAAGUUUGAAGAAUUUGAAGCCAGUAGUCGAAAUGUUCCAACGGACUACUUAUCUGUUGCUCGAGUUGAAGUUGAAAAUGAAUGCAUUGCCCUACGAGAGGCCCUCAGCAGCCAGCAACAGACAAUACAGGAACUGUACACUGAGCUGGAAGAAGAGAGAAAUGCAUCUGCUUCGGCCGCAAAUGAGGCCAUGUCGAUGAUAUUGAGGUUGCAAAGGGAAAAGGCUGAGAUCCAGAUGGAAGCCCGACAGUUCAAACGAUUUGCAGAGGAGAAAAUGGCUCAUGAUCAACAAGAACUUCUUGCAUUGGAAGACUUGUUGUAUAAGAGAGAACAGGUCAUCCAAUCUCUAACAUGUGAAGUCCAGGCAUACAAACACAGGAUGUUGAGUUAUGGGCUUACUGAGGCUGAGGUAGAGGGCGGGAAUGAUGGAUGUAUUCAUACUAACAGCAUGGUUGAGAAUCCUGAAACUCAGUUUGAAUUUCCCCCAUGUAACUACCCUCCUCUGAAAUGCAAUCUGAAUGAGAUGCAUAGCCAUCAUGAUCAUGAAAAUGAUGUAGCAGAUCUUGACAAAUAUGCUUUUGGUGAAACCCCUCGUGCUUUUCGUGAAACCCCUUGUUCUAUUCAUGAAACCCCCCGUGCUCGGGAAUUGCAGAAUUUGGAGUACAGAAUCUCUCAGUUGGAAAGAAAUCCUAGUUGCAGUCAUAUUAAUGGGGAAUUUUCUGGCACAAGGAACAUUCUCGAAAAGGUAGUGGUGGGUCAAUCUCCCAGACGGCCAAGACAUGCUGGGAGAUUGUCUGUGGAGAGCUCAAAUUCAUUCUUUGGUUUGGUAAAGGAAACAGGACCGGAUGGUGCUACAGAAAUUCCACAGUAUGGUGAGAAGCAUUGUUUACAUACAGAUGACUCCUCUAAUAUGAGAAAGGUUGAUAAUGCAUCAGACCUUGGAGAUGACAUGAGUGACAGAAUAUAUACCAUUGAUUCUAUUCAUCAUGGAGUGUCUUACAAUAGUGGUCCAGAGCCCAAAGUUGCCAUUGGGAUCUCUGAAGAUUACAUUACCACUCCGAGGGAAUCAUCAUAUUGGGCUGAUGUAGGGGAUUCAAACCUUAAGAAUCUCUACAUGCGGGUUCAAGCACUUGAAGCAGAAAGGGAAGCAGAGAGGGAAAUGUCAAAGCACGGAAUGUACGAUAAAGCACAGAUGAUAUUAAUCAGGGAAAUUGCUGAACGUUUCUGUAAAGAAAUGACAUCAGAAAGAAGGGCAGUUGUACCUGUGAAGAAGCCAUCUAUCAUUAGUAGCUUUUCCUUCAUGUCGGUACUGAAGUGGGUUGUCUCCGUUGUUUUCUGGAGAAGGAAAGCACGUAAAAGCAAGUAUACGUUUGGGUUGCCAGAGAACAAAGCGGGCUUGCUGAUGCUUCUAGAAAAGGGACCUCGCAUGAAGCAGUUUAGAUGUCUUUCAAGGGCACCAAUGUGAACAGGGCUCUGAACUGCCUACAUCUCCAGGCAAAUCUACAAGACCCAUGCUCAUCUAUGCAACACAAAUGGGCAACAAUUACAAUAGUACACUUAAGAAAUUGCUUUCUCAUCUGGAUUCUGAUCGACUCCAGAUUUGAAAAUUUGAUUAGAUGUGCAAUGUUCUUGAUUCCUGCUUUAUAGGUUUGGCGAAUAUGUUGUGGGGUUGAUCAGUAGAGCAUGGAUAAAGUGUAGGUUGGGUUGCUUGCUUCAUUUAUAGACAUAACUGGAGGUGUGCAUGUGUGAGAUACAACUCCUUGUACAUUACAGCUUCAUGUAUGAUUCUCCAUUUGAUCACGCUUGUAUUUCUUCUUAUUGAACCACAGCUUGAGCUUCAUAACGGUUGAUGCAGAUUUGACUUUUCUCUGUUA